GUCGUAAUUGAAUGAGAAGCACACGACGGAUCAGCGCCACCAAAAUGAGGAUGGACUGUGAUAGCAGAGCGGAGCUGGGCGUAGUUCUAUUUAUCAGCCAGCCAGGGACCCCAAUCUGCUUGUACCGCACUUAUCUGUCCUAUUAGCACACACGUUGACAUAUACAAGUACUUUGCUCCAGGAUGAGCGCUAUGGAGACAGGCCCAUGCGUUUGCGGGUCAUACGAGGACGUUGGGUUUAUGAUUUGCUGCGAUGGAUGUGAGUCGUGGAUGCAUGGUUCCUGUGUCAAGAUCACCAAAAAGUUUGCGACAGGAAUCGACGACUAUCUUUGCCCGCGCUGUAAGCCAGUCGCUACUCGGAAGCGCGCAAAGAAGUGUCUUGACGACCCAAGGAUAGAACCAUCAGCGCCGUGUGUGGUCCAGACCUCGAAGCUGCUGGAGAUGAGCGAUGAGAUACUUCUCUGGAUCUUGACCUUUGUCCAGUGUCAGAAGUCGAUAUGCAGGGUCUCGAGUACAUGUGUGCGACUGUGGAGAGUCGCGCAGGACCCGUAUCUGGUAUGGUAGACAUGGUAGACAACCUCAGUCCGAGAUGGUUGUUGUGGAC